UCAUUCGCCGCCUUACGGCUGGAAUCCUUUGUGAGUCACGUGACCCGCUACGUCACAUGUAAACCUGAGCGAAAAUGGCGGCCGCUGGAGGAGAGUCUUCCUCUCAGAAUGUGUCGGAUGAAUUAUUUCAAAACUUUUAUACUGAGGUGAAGCAGAUUGAGAAGAGGGACUCUGUGUUAACGUCCAAGCAGCAGAUUGACAGGUUGCUAAGACCUGGAUCAUCGUACUUCAACCUCAACCCAUUUGAGGUGCUGCAGAUUGAUCCAGAAGCAACAGACGAGGAGCUGAAGAAAAGAUUUAGGGCGUUGUCUAUUUUAGUCCAUCCAGACAAAAACCAGGAUGAUACUGACAGAGCACAGAAAGCCUUUGAAGUUGUGGACAAGGCGUACAAACUCUUACUGGAACCUGAGCAGAAGAAGAGAGCAGUUGAUGUGGUCCUAGCGGGAAAAGAAUACGUGGAACAUAUGGUAAAGCAGAAAAAGAAACAACUGAAAAAAGAUGGGAAACCACAGGAUGUGGAGGAGGAUGACCCUGAAAUGUUCAGGCAAGCAGUGUACAAACAAACCAUGAAGCUGUUUGCAGAGCUUGAAAUCAAAAGGAAAGAAAGGGAAGCGAAGGAAAUGCAUGAAAGGAAAAGGGCAAGAGAAGAAGAAAUUGAAGCAGCAGAGAAGGUAAAGCGGGAAAGAGAAUGGCAGAAGAACUUUGAGGAAUCAAGAGAUGGACGGGUGGACAGUUGGAGGACCUUCCAAACUAAAGGAAAAACCAAAGAGAAAAAGAACAGGUCCUUCCUUAAACCCCCAAAAGUUAAGAUGGAACAGAGGGAGUGAUGCUGUAAAACUGUCUAAAUAAAAGUCAUUUUCUGUGAAUCCCCACCUUGUUGUCUGCAGUCAGCACAGUCACAAUCUGACAAGUUCCUUACCCUGAUAAAUGUAGUUUUGUACUUCAUUUUCUAUUGUACAUACUCGUGAUCUAGUUGGAGACAACGCAUCUUCCACUAAUGUAACUCAAACAAAAUGUCUCUGUUUUUCGAACCCUAAUAAAGCUUCAUCUUCAGUCUA